AUGGCCUCCAUGUUCACUUGGUUUGUCACAGGCUUGCUGCUGUCUGCAACAGGUCUGGGAAUCCGGCGGCUGGCUCAUGCACAUGGCAACUCAUUGGGGCACGUGGGGAGGCGACUGCGGCAGGACACGGGCCAGAAUGGCAACAACAACGGAAACCUGAACAAUGGGAGCGGGAAUGGAAACAGGAAUGGGGCCGGCAAUGCCGGGCGUGGCAACGGCAACAACAAUGGCAAUGCAAAUCCCAGCGACAACAAUGGCAAUGACAAUGGCAACCAGAGCACCGGGAACAACAAUGGAAACAACAAUGGCAACGGGGCCGGCUUCACUGCCCCUGAGAUUGUCUAUGUCGGCAAUGGCAACCAGGAUGGCACUUUCAACAGUGGGGACUUCAACGGGCGCAACAACGGGAACAACAACAACUCAGACGGCAAUGGCAACGCUAAUGGGAACCAGAACAACGGGGGCCAGAACGGCAAUGACAACGGCAACCAGAAUGAUCAGCCCGGCAGUGGCGUGCCGCCUGAUACUGGUGGCACAAGCGCAGCCGCCAGAGCCAGUACCAGGGCAGCCAAGAGGGCAGCAACCAGUGCACCUGCCGCUGCCCAGCCAUCAGGCACACAAACCACAACGACAGCUGGGGCCUUCGUUGUCAGCGGAGGUCGAUGA